AUGGACAAUGCAAAACAAAUUAAGGAGUCAGUUGAACAGCGCUCAGAAGAUGAUGAUGACGACUUUGUCGAUCCUCCACCAGCAUCAAAAAAAGAGGAAAAUGAAAAGCAAGUAGCUAAGAAGGGACCAAAAGCCAAGAAAGCUAAAGCGUCAAAAAAAUUAGUGCUUCAACAUAAAGAUCCUGAAGAAGAUGAAACGGUAGGGGGACCUAAGCAAGUAGCCAAGAAGGAUGAAUGUCAAAAAGGUGAUGCUGAUGAUGAGAUGAUUGACGUUCAACAGCAAGAAGAGGAUGAUGAUGAAAGAACUAUUUCAGAUGAGCCGAAAAAAAACAAUGAUCAAAUAAAUGAUGAAGAAUUUCAAAUAACACUAGUUGUGUGGAAGAUAAAAAUGCAAAGCCAAGAUAAGCUAAAAAGUCAAGACAAUGACCCAGCAGAUAAAAUGGUAAAUCCAAAAACAAGCUAA